AUGCCUACGACCAGACGAUCGACAGGCGGCGCCCGAGCCCGUCCGGGACCGAACAAGGGCCAAUCGACCAUUAGUUUCUCCAACCGAGUCACAAAAGCGGUGCCCAAAGAUGUCAAGAACUCCAUCGUUGUGCCGUCGCGGCAGAAGGUCGAUGCGCCGGCCGAGAAGGAGCUCGAGGUGGAAGAUGUGAUUGCUGAACCAGAAGCCGACGAGCAGCCCGAGGAAGACGAGGACGAAGAGGAGGCUGUCGAGGAAAUCGUUGUGCCAGAAAAGACGGAAGUCGAGCUCAAGGCUGGCAAGAUGAGCGAUGCGCAGAUUGGAAAAUUCUGGAAGUCGAUUGAGUCGGAGCGCAUUGCUCCGCGGGUACACCAAGAGGGCCUGUCGCUCAACGAAAAGGUGCUGCGAUACUUUGACGUCAGCUCUCAAUAUGGGCCGUGCAUUGGAACUCCCCGCAUGAAGCGCUGGCAGCGUGCGGAGCGCCUGGGUCUGAACCCACCGAUCGAAGUCCUCGCCGUCCUCCUUAGAGAGGAGAACAAGGGCAACAGCGACAUUGAGACGGCGCAAAUGGACAAGAUUUUGAACGCCGUAGUUGUUGCGUAA